CAUCCAUUGGCUUCAGCUGCUAUCUGGUGAUCAUUCCGCAGAUCUAUUACCAUAUUAGAAGAAGGAAAAUGUUAAUAUCCUAUUACUACUUCUGCAUUUUCAUUUAUUUUUUUAAAGUUUUUAUUCAAACUCCAGUCAGUUACUAUACAAUGGAAUAUUAGUUUCAGGUGUACGAUACAGUGAUUCAACACUUCCUAUAACACCCGGUGCUCAUCACAUAUCUUCCGGAUAUGAAGGUGCUGGACAUGCCAACUUGGAGAUGGGAAUUAUCUUCCUCGGACUGGAGCUGGGAUGCUGGGAAGUUCUGCCCUCCUUUGCCUUUAUAACUUCACUUUGCUCACUGGAUACAAGUUGAGACCACAGCUCAGACUGUCAACCAACUAGUCUUAGCCAACAAGACUAAGAGCCAAAGACUGACUCUUUUCUCCAGAAGGAUCUCACAGACAAUGGCAGCUUUUGGAUUGAAAUAUUUCCUGGAUGAUGCUGGAUGUAAACCUGUGUUCUAUUUACAGAGUGUCCAGAGGGGUUUCUCUCAGAAUGACCUGCCUUCUGAGUGGCUUUUAUUGUCUUUCUUCCAUUUUGACUUUAAUUGUGAAUCCAAAGCAGUGGCUGGUGGACACCUCUGUGCCGACAGCUUUAUGUUUCCCAGCAUUCAGCCCCUUUGUGCUCAUUAGCAGUGACACCCAUGUCUCUCUGUUCUUCUUUGACUUCUGCACCAGAAAUUUUUUUCCUAAUCCAGUUAAACUCUUCUGACUUCUGCAAGUGGAUCAAUUAUAUCUAUAUCUAUAUCUAUAUUUAUAUCUAUAUCUAUCUAUAUCUAUCUAUAUAAUUAGGUGAUUAUCAGGUACAAAGUAUUCUUCUAGAAUCAAUGAUAUAAUGGUGAACAAGAACAACUUGUUAACUAAGCAAAGCAAGCCUCAGGUUUAUGCACAAAGUAUGACAACUUGUAGGAAUACAUAGGAAUGCAUAGGCACACAGAGGGGUGUAUCCAUGUGCAAACAGAAUUCUAAAAGGAUACCAUCCUGCAAACAUUGCGUUUCUCCAGGAGGUAGAAUUAUCAUCGACUUUCCACUUUUAUUUUAUAAAUGUACAUAUAGUAGUGCUCCUUAAUAAACAAUAGUUAAUUUUUUAUUUUAUGCAUUAAUAAUGUAAAUGUGUAUUGGGGGAAAUGUGCAUGUAUAAAAGUUUUAUGUUUUGUAGAUAAAAGUGUUUCUCAUUGAGUUGGGCACAAGCACUGACUAACAGGAAGAAGGGACCAAGGACCAGAGGCCCAGAGCCCACUAGGAUAACCGGCUUCAGAGCUGCCCAGUACCCUUCCUCUAUUUUCUCUGUCCUGGUCCUGUGUGUCCUUUUGGGUUUUGUCCCUGACCCAAGCCAGUGAAGCUCACAAAAAUGACCUUCCCACCUCAGGCUGCAGGCAUGUAAAGAGCAGUAAGAUAAUGUUUCCUCGCUUCCAGCUACCAGCCAUGAUCACUAGAGUUGCCUUCAUAGAGUCUGAAAUAACGUGGAAACACUUCAGGGAUCGGUAGCCCUGACCUUAAAGUGCAGUUAACACUCCCAGCAAUUGGCCUGCCACUGUUAAGAAGAAAUGAAGUCGCUCCUCGACCUUAGAAGUAUAGGGGGGUGUCACUUCCCAGAGGCCUCGCGACGCCGCCGGACCCCUUCUCCGAGACUUUCUGGGGCUCGGCAACCCCUGCCGUUGGGACUACAUAACCCUGAAAACUCUGCUUUGAACGGCAGGGGCAAUAACCCAAUGAAAGUGCAGAAAAGGGACACUUCCGGCAGGGCGUAGCGCCUUGAGGCGGGGCUUCCGCCUUUUCCGUGGCGGUCGUUUUAGCGGUUCUGGGGUCUCCGGGCUCGGUCGGAAGGUGCGGAACACCGGCUUGGGACCCAGGCGACCGACACAGGAGGCACGAGAGGAGGCUUCGUCCCCGCUGUACGGAGGCUGGUCUGGGGUCGGGGACUUCGCUGCCCGCGAGCCCGGCCUGGACACUGCGGAGCCCGCGACCGUCCGGGUCGCUCAGCUGUCAUCUCUUCACUUCGCCCACAGAGUCCGAUGGCGGCGGCCGCGCGCAGGGACCCGGCUGAGGUUUCCGUGGUUGCAGAAGUGCUUUGGGAGCCUCCACAGGGAAGUGUUACUUUUGAGGACGUGGCCCUAUAUUUCUCCUGGGAGGAGUGGGAUCUCCUGGAUGAGGAUCAGAGAUGCCUGUACCACGAUGUGAUGCUGGAGAACUUUGCGCUCACAUCCUCACUAGGUUGUGGGCACGGAGUGGACGAUGAGGAUGUACCUUUGGAAGAGAGCAUUUCUGUAGGAGUGUCACAGAUCAGGACUCUUGAGGCAGAUUCAUCUCCCCAGAAGGCCCAGCCCUUUGAGAUGCACGGCCCGAUCUUGAGAAACAUUCUGCGCUUGGCUGAGCACCAGGAAACUUAUCCUGGGGAAAAACCAUAUACAUGUGGGAAACAAUUCUGUUUAGCUGCCAACCUUCAACAGUACGAGGGGCAGCACACUAGAGAGGUUCCCUUCAGAAGUUAUGUGGACAGAGCCUCGUUUAUAAAGAGCUGUACAGUCCAUGUGUCAGAGAGGCCCCUUACCUGUGAGGAGACAGGGAAGGACUUCUUAACCAGCAUGGGAUUUCUCCAACAACAGGUCACUCACACUGGGGAGAAGCUGAACAAUGAGUGCGAGGCUAUCUUUCACAAUGGAAAAAGUGGUCACCACUGUGGAGAAUGCAAGAAAGCCUUCAGCUGCACAGACACACUUGCUCAGGAACAGAGAGUCCUCACUAGAGAAGGGCUUUAUGAAUGUGGCAAAUGUGGAAAAGCCUGUACCCGAAGAUGUAACCUCAUCCAGCACCAGAAAGUCCACACUGGAGAAAGACCUUAUGAAUGCAGUGAAUGUGGGAAAUUCUUUACCUACUACUCCAGUUUCAUUAUACAUCGGAGGGUUCACACCGGAGAAAGGCCCUAUGAGUGCAGUGAAUGUGGGAAAUCCUUUAGCCAAAGCUACAGCCUCAAUAGCCAUAGGAAAGUUCACACUGGAGAGAAACCUUAUGAGUGCAGGGAAUGUGGAAAAUCCUUCAGUCAAAGGUCCAACCUCAUUCAACAUCAGAGAGUUCACACUGGAGAAAGGCCUUAUGAGUGCAGUGAAUGUGGGAAGUCCUUUAGCCAAAACUUCAGUCUCAUUUACCACAGGAGAGUUCACACUGGAGAAAGGCCUCAUCAGUGCGGCGAAUGUGGGAAAUCCUUUAGCCGAAGCUCCAGCCUUAUUCACCACAGAAGACUUCACACUGGAGAAAGGCCUUAUGAGUGCACUAAAUGUGGGAAAUCCUUUAAGCAAAGUUCUAGCUUCAGUUCACAUCGGAAAGUCCACACAGGAGAAAGGCCUUAUGAGUGUGGGGAAUGUGGAAAAUCUUUUAGCCAUAGCUCCAACCUCAAGAACCACUGGAGAGUUCACACUGGAGAAAGGCCUAUUGAGUGCAGUGAAUGUGGAAAGUCCUUUAGCUGUAAAUCUAACCUUGUCAAACACCUGAGAGUUCACACUGGAGAAAGGCCUUAUGAGUGUGGGGAAUGCGGAAAAUCCUUUAGCCAAAGCUCCAGCCUCAUUCAACACCGGAGAGUUCACACUGGCAAGAGGCCUACUGAGUGCAGAGAAUGUGGGAAAUCCUUUAGCUCCAAAUCUGACUUCAUUCAACACCAGAGAUUCCAUACUAGAGAAAGGCCUUAGGUGUACAGGGACAUGUGGUUUCCUUUUAGAUAAUUACACUGGAGGAGGGAAGUUGUGAAGAAGCCAUCUGGCAAAUUUAAGCCUAUAUGUCUGAAAAUUCAUAGUGGGGCGAUCCAAGUAUGUGAGAAUCUAUAAGGAGCUGUGUUACACUUUCUAACCUGUCCAGGGCUUUUGCCAGAUUUAUGUCACUGCCGGUUUCUGUGGGAGAGUUUUGUCCUGUCUACCACUCAGCAGGUUCACACGGUGUGCAUCAGUUACCACCACAGUGUGCUCAGGGAAGCUCCCCCCUUUGCUGGAGGAAAUCAUGAUUAGUCUUAGCCCUUAUAGGGUCUUCAUUCUCUUCUCUUGUAGAAGUUAGGGCACGGCCCUGACCCAGUUUGGGCCCAGUGGACCCAAUCUGAGUUCUGCCAGUAACUUGCCAAGAAGGACUGCAUUUUCAAUGUGUUAGUUUUGUGUGACACUCACCUUGGAUUUUCCUAUCUUCCAAGUCACCAACCUGGGAAUUCCCUGCCUCAUACGGCUUUGGAUUUUGCAAUAAUGAAGACAUUAUUGCUGGGGCGCCUGGGUGGCUCAGUUGGUUAAGCGUCCGACUUCGACUCAGGUCAUGAUCUCGCGGUUUGUGAGUUCGAGCCCCACAUCAGGCUCUGUGCUGACAGUUCAGAGCUUGGAGCCUGCUUCGGAUUCUGUGUCUCCCUCUCUCUCUGCCCCUCCCCUGCUCAUGCUGUGUCUCUCUUAUGUCUCAAAACUAAAUAAAACAUUUAAAAAAAAAGACACUAUUGCUUAAGCCACCUUUGAUCUUGGGGUUCUAUGCACUGCGUGAGGUGAUUUGAAAACACC